AACAUCCUCAAUUGGCUCCCCAAUAUAGCAACGCGUACCUGCCAGGGUAGCACUGUUUGGGUGUCUCUGGUUUAUAUUGUAUGUUACUUGCACUGCAUUAAAUCAGGAAAACUUCCCAUGGCUUUGAUUCCACUUGACUGUUUUUUAGCAACUACUAGACCUGGUCGGUAGCUAGCCAAUAAUCAAUGCUACACUGUAUUAGGGUUUUGUAUUUAAUUGUGUAUAUGUAUGCUGCUGGUCACCUUAAUUUUCUUUGGCAUUAAUAAAAGCACUCUACUCUACUUUACUCUAGUCUACACAAUCACUCUUCAGCCUUUGAACCAGACCAUAUGAUGGUUCAAAAUGAAACAGUGUGGGAACACAUGUAUGCUGUGUAGAACAGAGGCAUUUCUGGAGUGUGUUGUGAGCCACUUGCAAAAAUAUAUGGCUAUUGUUGAAAGCGGUUUUGUCCUGGGGGUUAUUUUAAAGCCCCUUUAGGAUCCUGGCUCCUCCAAUCUGUAGCAUGUGUGUUAAGCUAAGUUACCUGUUGGCAACAUCCAUUAGCUGCUGUUGUGCUGGCCCCCAGGUACCCACAUGCAUAUUUAAGAUGUCCGUACCACUGGAGAAGCAGUGGGAGAUCUGAUUGCAUAACACCAGUACUGAGCGACUCGGUGACCUGCAUGUCCUGAUGCCCUCGAUCUCACUCAGACACGUGCUCCCAGAUGAUGACAGACGGCAGACUAUCUGCUCUAGAUUGACAAGCUCUUGGCAAUUUCAAUUACUGUGCUCACACACAGACAGUACAGACUUCAAAGGAAAUAUUCAGGUUAUCCGGCCUUGCAUUGUCUGCAUUGUUGCUGUGCAUGUCUCUUUUGUUUCCAGGUGAAGGGGCCCUGAAAAUCUAGUUUUGGUUCAGAGUUUCCGAAUGGUUGAUUUCCAAAUAUUCUCAGGAAUACAUACAGGCUGAAAAUGCUGGGCAGUUAUGUAUUUGUGCUCAGACUAAAGUACUUUUGUGGGUGUGUGAAAGUGAACAGUCUACCCUCUUCCGAUUCAUUCUCAAAAGGGUUGCGUACGUACUGUAGGCAUUUAGGCCCUGGCUUUUUAUAGUAUCUGUGUCAUAGUCAUAUUUUAGAGGGGGGUAUCGGACGUGUGAAUUGAUGCUGUGGUAUGGGUAAAAAGGGAGUUGAUUUCACUGAUGAAUUCACAGAUAUCUGCCGAGCUCAAGCUGGCACACAACCAUACCCUCAUGCCUUUGAACAUCAAGCUGGCCCCUCUCCCACAGUUAUCUGCGAGUGAGGGAGUGAGUGACUAACCUUUCUCUCCUCUCCUCCUCUGAUGCAUGCUUAGGCUUGGCCAUGUUGACUAGGAGUGCUAAACUUUGACACAAGUUAGUUUUAUACCGUGGCCUGCCCAACUGGGCGGAGUGCUGCAGAAAUCCACACCUCUGCCACUGGGCUGGGACUGAGUGUAGUUUGCGUAAUGAGGCUGGAAGUUUUUUUUCUUUUCCUGUUGUCUCUGUAAAUAUUCAGGGAAAAAAGAAAUGACUUACCUCUAGUUUGCAGCUGACAUCUAUGGCGAUUGUGGUGUGUGAAGUCACAAAGCAAGCAUAGCAUCUGUGGCAUUAGCCCAAAACUGUCAUGUAGAUUGGUGAUUAUACCGCCACCACUCCGUUUCAAAACACUAGAGCUUAUUUCUCUUCGUCUCACAGAAUACAGUGGUUUAGCUGUAGGCUAUAAAAUAGUUUCUUUCUCUUCUGCACACAAAGAGCUGAUCUACCUACCAGUCAAGGCUGCGAGGGGUUAAGUCGUUGUCAUAGAUCUAUCUUAGGAUGAGAUCUGCCUUGCUGCUUUGAGAGAGCAAUCUGGGCGAAAGGGAAUCUUCCAACAGGAUAGACUAACAAAGAGACAGACCACAACAGAACAAAAAAAACUUUAUAACCUGACGAGUUGCUACCGUUUAUGGGAAACUGCCAGUAGUAGGGAUUUCUGACAGCUUAACGUCAAAAUUCACCGUUGUUUGUGUCAUAUCGUGCUGUACCUUUUGCAGAUAGCGCGUGCUUUGUUUGCAGGUUGUAUGCAGGAUCUUUUGUUAGUGGUGUGCGCGUGUACUUUGACGUGCAUUAGAUUAUUCCUCUUUAAUGAGCUUGCGAUUUAUCAUCAGUGCUGAGCAGGGCAUGGGAGCUUUCAGUAGGAGGUGAAACAGUAGCCCAGUGAUUAGCGCUUUUAUUUACACUGAAGACUAAGCUGAAAAGCCAACCUUAAGCUAAUAUUGAAACGUGCUUACUGCAGGUACUUUAUUGACGCUAUAUUGUAACUUUCGUUUGUCAUUGUUACACGGUUGAUACAUUUGUAACAGCAGCUUGUCAUUGCCUCAUCCAUGCGACUGUGCUCAAACGAUGUAACUCGUGGGUAUGACGACAGCCUGUUUUCUUAUCGAUGCAGAUAGUCAAACUCAGUUUAACCACUCCAUGAAAGCUGAAGGUGUCUUUGACACGGGUAUCUAUCUCUCCAGAAAUACUCGACACAGCCGCGUUCAGUUUUUCUCUAGGCGGAGUUCGGGAAAGGAAUCGUUGAAGCGGAAGGAAUUAUUCGUCAUAGGGAAUAUCCCCGCUCUUCCUGCUUUUAUUUUGUGAAUUAUAAAGAUCGAUUUCGGCAGGUAUUAGACGCUCGUAUUCAACCCAUUCUGGAGUACAUUGUUCGAUUCCUGACUGCUGGGAUGAGGCUGAAGAGGAAUGGCUCCUAUACGUUGAAUAGGAAGUCCAAAACAAAGCCCAAUGGAAAGAAGCCGCCCACGGAGGAGAAGAAGCAGUACCUGGAGACGGAGUACACCAAAGUGCGGGUCGUGGACUUCGACCUCAAGGAGCUGGUCGUCUUGCCAAGAGAGAUCGAUCUCAACGAAUGGCUUGCCAGCAACACCACAACUUUCUUCAAUCUCAUAAACCUCCAGUACAGUACAAUCUCAGAGUUUUGCACUGGGGACACCUGUCAAGCCAUGACGGCCUGCAAUACGGUAUACUACUGGUAUGACGAGAAGGGGAAGAAGACUAAAUGCACAGCACCACAGUAUGUAGACUUUGUCAUGAGCGCAGUACAGAAGCUGGUAACAAAUGAAGACAUCUUUCCAACAAAAUAUGGUAAAGAGUUCCCCAACGACUUUGAGGCCCUGAUAAAGAAGAUCUGCCGGUACCUGUUCCACGUGCUGGGCCACAUCUACUGGGCCCACUUCCGGGAGACGGUGGCCAUGGACCUGCACGGACACUUGAACACACUUUACACACACUUCAUCGUAUUUAUAAGGGAAUUCAACCUGGUGGAGCCCAAGGAGACCUGCAUCAUGGACGACCUGUCCGAGGUGCUGUGCACCCCGCUGCCUCCCCCCGCACAGAACCACGUCACCGAGAGAUGAAGGGGGCCAUCCUCCACCCCGCCAACCCCCCGGCACGCCUGCUCAUGACGCAGGAGGACGAGGAGGAGGAGGAACCCCCCAUGGAAGGAAGGAGAGAGAAAGAGAGACCACAAAAAAGCCCAGCCUCACCCCAAGGCGGCCCUGUUUUGGCCCGAUAAAAGGGGGGGGUUUGGGGUAUGGGACUCAAAGACCUUCCUACGCUCAGAAUAAUUUGCUAUCUUUAGGAUCUUGCCAGCGGAAGGAGCUGGCCAAGGCAGCAGGAAAAAAAAAUGCUGUGAGCUUUUUUUUUUUCAUCCACCGAAACCCACCUAAUCCACCAUCAUCAUCACCAUCGCCCCCAACACAGAGGCUUACCCUUUUCACUUCACCCACCUUGCUGUUUCAAACUAGAGACACACCCCUAGGCUUUUCUCUUCAACAUUUUUAUUUAUUUAUGUCUAUCUUUUUUUUAAUUUCCUUCCCUCUCUUGUAAUUGUCUUUUUUUCUUUUCUUUUCCCUACCUCUGAGGGUGUCUAUAACAUGUGAUGCCCUCCUUGCCAGGGAGGAAGGUGGCACUGCCUCUCUCUAUUGUACCUGUUGUGUAAUGUUAGAUUACCAGACCUGACAAGUGUGUGGCGUUGUUGGUUUCGGCCAGUGGUGGUGUGUGGGUAUAUAUCUCCUGAACAGGUGAUAGGAUGGGGGAGGGGAAAGAAAGAGGGAAGCAGAAUGCUAUAGCUGCACCCAUCUCUACUGAUAAAGCCCCUUGACAGGGGCAACCAUUCUAUUUGUUUUUCCUUCUCUCCUCCCCCUCACCUUUUUUUAUUUUUGGUUGGUUUUCAACUUUUGGUUUUGGGACAUUGAGAGUGUGCGUGUGUAUCUGUGUGUGUGUGUGUGCGCGUGCGUGCGUGUGCGUGUGUGUGUGUGUGUGUGUUAGAGACUCAUUUUUCUCUCCUCUUUAAUGUGUGUGCACAGCUCUGGGGGUCCCCAGAGUUCUCUGUCACACUCAUACACACUGGGGCCGUGGCAGUGACCGACUGACCUACCGACCGGCAGACAAGACAGACGGCGCAAAUGCCACCCUCCAAUGCACCACCUCUCGUCUGGAAAACCUUCUAGCGUGCCGGGGCCUGGCUGUGCUCCAGGACUGGCAGGAAGAGAGCGGAGGAGUGCCAUGUUGCGCUCCCAAACCCCCUGAGGGGCCUGUUAAAGCCUCUGCGAAGGGCCAGACGACCUGGAAAGUGGCACACGGGUACCCUGAACCCAAGUGUGUCAAGGCACAAUGACAAUGACAUUGGUAUACAUGUCUGCUGAUUUAGAAUGUUAUAGAUGAGCAAAAAGAGGCCCCGGUGCUGAUGCAAUAUCGUGACUGGGGAACACUGGAGAGGGUGUGGCGCAUUGUGAAUGCAGGAGAACGCCACACAACGUUCUCUCGUGAUCGGAGCUAAAACAUGGUUUUACCUCGAUCAUGAAAAAAAUAUAAAAAAUAAAACACAAAUGUUUAAUUGAAAACAAUAGAAUAUAGAUUUAAAUCAUGUCCUCACAGAACUAAUUGUAUGAAAGUGUAAUACCCCCCUCCCCCCCACCAAGAGAAGAUUAAGGUUUACCCUGCAUCACUGUACAGUGUCGCAAACUGGAUUCUGGUUUGGCAAAAGUCAGUUUGUGUUAUAAAGAUAUGCACCCUUUCCCCCAAGUUUUAUUUAUUUUAAAACAAAAGUUGUUUUAGUUUGACAUUUGCAGGGUUUCUUCAGUUCUGGCUUUCAUUUUUAUGUAUUUUAAUAAUGCCUAAGUUAAAAGCAAUUUAAUAUUUUAAGCUCUGCGAAUUAUAACCUAAUAAAAUAUUUGAAAAUGUAA